GGGGCGGCGCGGGGCUGACCCCCCUGCCCUGCUCGCAGAGCCAUGCUCGCCAACGCGGCCACCAUGCGGAUCCUCAUCAAGGGGGGGAAGGUGGUGAACGACGACUGCACGCUGGAGGCGGACGUCUACAUCGAGAACGGCAUCAUCCAGCAAGUCGGCCGCGAGCUGAUGAUCCCCGGCGGGGCCAAGGUCAUCGACGCCACCGGCAAGCUCGUCAUCCCGGGUGGCAUCGACACCAGCACCCACUUCCACCAGACCUUCAUGAACGCCACCUGCGUGGAUGACUUCUACCACGGCACCAAGGUACCGCCCGGCACGGGGCUCCCGCUCACCCACCGGCCCCGGUGGGUCUGCUGCCAGCACGGGGAGG